AUGACUAAUGCCGAUGAUUUUUGUCAAUUUGCACGUUUAGGUCAAACAGUUAAAAUUCAAAAAUGCUUACAAUCACAUAGUGUUGAUGUUAAUGCGUUGAAUCUAUAUGGCGAAUCGGCACUUUCAACAGCUACUUGUCAUAAUCAAAUUCUAUGUGUCGAAUACCUUCUAGCAAGCAAAGCCGAUCCGAAACUACGUCUCACGGCUGGACAUACGGCCAUACAUAUUGCUUGUCGAUUAGGUAAUGUUCCGAUUUUACACAUGCUACUAUCGAUAAAGAAGGAGAAUAAUACCGAAGAAGAGCAGCAACGUGAAGAUAAACAUGUGUAUGAAUGUUUGAAAAUGAAAGAUUUUUCGAAUCGGACACCAAUUCAUUGGGCGGCGACACAAGAAUCCGUGUCGAAACGACAAAAGAUGUUUGCUUAUCUCGAUAAACGAAUGCCUGGUGUAUUGGAUAGCCGAUAUAAUCUCAACUGGUUUAAUUCAUGGGCUGCAACACAUCCAUGGGUGAUUGAUCAAAGCACUACAUAUGUACCAAUUGGAUCUGCACCAAAGUUGACAAGUCCCAAUCGUACAUAUCAACAAGACGAAUCAUCCGAUAUGAAUUCACUUGAUAUAACACCGAAGGUGUCAAUCAAUAACUAUGAACGUACUCCGCGAGCACCACUAACAACAGCACCAAUCAAUAGUACCAACAAGAGUGCAAUAAGACAACGCGUUCCAACUGAACAACCACCAGCAGUUUUGCCAUCGACACCAAUAUCCAGUUGCAAAGUAACCGUAACUUCUAUCUAUCACAUUCCCAAAAGUGAUCAACAACCUACAUCAAAAUUAUCUGAACAUCACGAACCACCAGUCAACGAUCAGUUAUUAUCACCUCUAGCCAAUCGUUGUACCUAUCGUGCUCAUCGAGUUCGAAUUGAACCAAAAAUUGACUUUCCUCCACCGCCAUCUGAUCUCGACGAUAUCGAAAAUAAGAUUCAUGAUUAUGAAGAUACAAAUACACCACUCUCAUCCAAACGUCCAUCACACAAUCUUCUUUCGAAUAUCUUUCCAUCAGGUGCAACUACCCCCUCAACUGAUCAAAGUAGUCAGCAGUCUACUAAACAUAUUGCCUCAUCUUUUGGCUUUGAUACAUCGAUUGAACCACGUCAUCUAGCUGACACAACCAUGCAUUCAACAACCGACACCUACGCACAAAAUGAUGAACUGGAAUCGGUUUCAUCGAACGACGACGAAUCUCAAAGUAAUAAAAUUGAUUACGUUUGUAAAUCAACUUCAACAAUUGACCUCGCCUCACCCGGUGCGCAUACUUACUAUGCAUAA